UUGUAAAAGAAAUGGAUCCAGCCAUCUAUCACGAAGAAAAAGCAAAAGGGCAACUAUUAGAUGCACAAGCUCAUAUAUGGAGUCAUGUUUUCUACUUUCUCAAAUCCAUGGCCUUAAAAUGCGCAAUUGAACUAGGCAUUCCAGACACCAUUCAUAAACAUGGCAAACCAAUGACUCUUAAAGAGCUAGCCAAUUCACUUCCUAUCCUCCCUAACAAAAUUACCUCUCUUUCGCGCUUAAUGCGCCUUCUUGUAUCCUCCAAAUUCUUCUCUAUGAAAACUUUAGCCAACGGCGAAGAAGGAUUUGCUCGUACAUUGAGCUCCCAACUUCUGUUGAAAGAACACCCUCUUUCGCAAGCUCCUUUUGUUGUUGGAAUUCUUGAUCCACGGCUUACUGAUUUGUCUCAUAAUUUAAGUAGUUGGUUCAAAACCGAGGCUGAGUUUUCUUUCCAUAUCGCUCAUGGGAAGAGUGUUUGGGAAUUAGCUGGCAAAGAUUCGGAAUUUAAUGAUAUCUUUAACAAGGCCAUGGAAAGUGACUCUUGGUUUGCUACAAGCUUGUUGGUCUCUAACAAUGUUUUAAAAGGCUUACUUGAAGGAGUUGAGUCGUUUAUCGACGUCGGUGGUGGUAACGGAGCGACAGCUAAGGCCAUUUCUGAGGCUUUCCCAUGGCUGAAGUGCAGUGUACUUGAUUUACCACAAGUGGUUGGAGGGUUACAAAAGGAUGGUAGCAACGUCAACUUUGUUGCUGGUGAUAUGUUUAAGGCUAUUCCUCAUGCUGAUGCUGUCUUACUUAAGGUAUGA